AUGCCAGAACCCAGAGCUGGCAGCGAAGUGGAGAAGGAUCCCAGCGAGCUCCUGAAGGAGAUCGAAAUCAAUGACUUCGAAUUGUCAGGGGACGAAGAGGAACAAAAUGAGGCCGGGAAAUUCUCGUGGGACAGCAUCGACUGGGCAGAAAGACUAGAAAGAGACGAAAUAUUCAGCAAGCGCUACACGCCAUCUAGAUCGGAGGCUAAGGAGCUAGAACAGAUAGCUGCCGAUUUAUCAGUUUCAUCACGAGGCAGCAUCAUUGGGAUGAUUCAAGGAAUGGGUGGACAGAUGUCGCAAGGUCUCGAGUUCCUGCUGCAUGGUGGCCACUCGAUCAUUGUCAAACGAGGAAAUUUUCUUCGGGAAGACGAUGACUGCGACCUUGUCUUGUUUACAGAUGGGUUCCUUUUGUUGUACAGAAACGUCAGUGCUCUCAAUCCGCUAGCAAAACGAUACGAGUGUCGUAUGUGGAAAGGUGUUAGAGUGUGCUAUCUUGAGGGCAACUCGGUCAUUAUCGACACACAAGAUGGUGCCACUGUUAAACUUUCUCCUAAGCCCUCUAGUGAGGAUCCUGUUGACUGGAUUAGAGCACUGGAACGGAUCUUAAUCGAAUAUACGAUUCACAAUCCUAGUAGCGAGAAGUUGACCGAUGAAGUGGGGUGGCAGUACAAUCUAGUUCGCAAGCCAGCAUUCUCUGCCGCUGUGUCUGGCGAUGUUUCCAUCAUGGGAGAGGCCCAAGAUGUUAACGCUCUUGAUGAGUACAACUCUUAUGCACCAUUGCACUAUGCAUUACAGCAUGAGACUUGCAACUUGGAGAUAAUUGAAAAGUUGUUGAACGCAGGUGCAGACCCAAACUUAGAAGAUAACGAAGGAAGAACUCCAAUGUAUUUUGCCGAAAAAAAUGGCUUGGACGAUGUGAAGAGCUUACUUGAAAGCCGAGGGGGCAAAACUUCCAAGUUGACGAACAUUGAGGCUCGCGGGGAACUAUUUGGUCGGUUCGAGCAAUCACAAAUCAAUACCGCGAGGCGCCGAGAGAACGAGAGGGUAGCAGAGGAGCGAAAGGCUUCUGAAGCCGCAGCAAAGGCCAAAUCAGUGCAGGACCAGAUGAGCAAGAACAUGUCCGCUCUAGUAGAACGGGGCGAGAAAAUCGAAGAGCUUGACAGCAAGACAAAAGAUUUGGAAGCAGAGGCACAGAACUUUGGCGUUAUGGCAACUCAGCUCAAAGAAACUAUGAAAAAGAAAAAGUGGUAUCAGCUGUGA